UUUCAUUUGCAAACUUAGUAGUGUGAACCGGCAAAAUUUGAGAUAAUAAUUUCACAUAGAAAGGAAUAAGUUAAAUAUCAUAAUAGUUGUAACACUUCAGAACUGUGAUUAAAUGUUGUUGUAAUAAUAAUGUUUUAAAAUGACUCUGAAACGAAAAUGAGACAGCUUUAUUGGUGAAUAGAUCAGUUCAGAUUACACAUAUGGAUAAAAUUUCUACAAAAUGGCCACAAGUGAACAUAUAGAUAAGGAUGUUCUUUCCGAUGAAAUAUUUGAUGUAUUAUGUUCAAUGUGUAAAAACAAAGGGAAAAACACUGAAGGUGAAAAAUUCUGUGUAGACUGUAAGGAUUAUUUCUGUAUAACUUGUGUUCAAGUACAUGGUCAAGUGCCUCUGUGUGCUGGUCACAAGGUGUUGGAUAAAUCUCAAGUUAAAUCAGGAACCAGCAAAGGUCUGCCGAGGGCACCAACAGAGAGAUGUGACAGACACAGUCAUAAACACAUUGAUAUGUACUUUCAAAACCACGAUAAUGUUGGAUGUUCUACAUGUAUGGUAGUUGAUCAUAGAUUAUGCAAGGACACAUUCUACAUACCAGAAUUUAUUCAAAACAAUACUUACCAAGUUGCAUCCAGUGAAAUUCAAACAAAACUCAAGAACAUUGCCAAGACCCUUGCUAAACAAGCUGAUAAAUUUAAACAGGAUAAACAAAAGCUGCUAGAGAGGAAAGCAGAAAUACUGUCAACUAUUAGCAAAUUCCGGCAAGAAAUCAAUGACCAUCUUGACAAGCUGGAGAAAAGUUCUAUUGAUGAGAUAGAAGAUAAAGUCAAAAGUCUUGAAGACAAACAAAUUGCAGAGGAUGCUGCAAAUGUUGCUAACAAAUAUAUAGAAGAUGCAAAAUUUAAAAGUCCUGUGGAAGGCAUAGAUUUUCAACCUGAUAGAACAAUUGUUACACAGUUAGAACAAAAGAAGACAAUAGGCUUACUAUCAGAGAAACUUACUAAGACUACUGGCCCUUUAUUUCAGAUUAAAGGAAAUCAAUCAUAUAAUGUAAAAGUUAGUACUGAUAAAACCAGUUGUAAUAUCAGCAGUGCCUGCUGUAUGGAUGACGGUACAAUAAUUAUAGCUGAUAACAAUAACAAAAAGCUUAAACGGUUGCACAGUUAUAACUAUACUGUCACAGACGACUAUGAUCUACCUAGAAGUCUAUGGCAAGUAUGUAUGAUCAAUAAUGCACAAGUAGCAGUAACUGUUUCAUCACAAAAAGAAGUUCAUUUCAUUUCUCUAGAAAGAAAAAUGAAAACAACAAAUAAGAUAAACACUGGUUUUGACUGUUAUGGUCUUGCAUUUGCAAACACUAAUUUAUAUAUUUCAGAUGAAUACACAUCAGUUUAUAUGUAUACAUUAUCUGGCAGGAAGCUUAAUCAGUUCAGUAGGGAUCAGUCCGGACAUAAACUGUUCUCUGACAUACGCAGUAUAGCUGUCAGUAAGGAUGCUACGAGGAUUUAUGUUGCUGACCUCUAUAAUGGAUUGAUAGUACUGGACAACAAUGGUCAGGUUAUUACACCAUUAAAUGAUGCACAAUUAAAUGGGGCAAGGUGUUGUUAUCUCACUGAAGCAGGUAGUGUGCUGGUAUCUGAAUAUGGCUCCAAUAACGUUUUACAGUUUACAAGUGAUGGUGAGCUGAUAGGAGAGGUUGUAAAAGCUGAUAGUAGAAAAAAGGGAAUUAUGACAGUCUGUUGUAGUCAACAUAUGACUAGGAUGUAUAUAUACAGAUACAAAGAUGACAACAUUGAAGUGUAUAAUAUCUGA